AUAUAAGUAUCAAGAUGUAAGGAAAAGAAGAGAAAAAAAGGAAAAUAUUUGUAGAAGAGAAAAAAAAAAUGAAAAGAGUUGCCGUCUAUGUUACCUGCGUGGCUGUGAUGGUGCUGUCGAUGGGUGCUCGCGGGAAGGACAGGUGUGCUAAGAAGAAGAAAGAGCUGGACAGGUGUCUCGCUCAGGUCGCCCCAUUCAUGCCCCGAGUUGGCUUACCCUACACCCACGAGGAGCUGGAUAACAUGUGCAAGGCGUUCAAGGGUGGGAUGCGCUGCGUGGAUGGGUACACAGCCGCCUGCCUGCCACGGGGCGAACAAGAGGAGCUACAACACAACCUCCAAGGCGCACGAUCAUUCCUGGCGUUCCUUUGCGACGACCCCGUGUUCCAGAAAGAAUACCUGUCCCACGGCACCUGUCUGCGGGACGUGAGCGACGGGUGGAGCAGCUGUCAACAUCACUACAAGGGCCUCGUGUGGCUACAACAUCGCCUGCCUAACAUCACAACAGCCACUAGGGACUUCAAUAUCUGUUGCAUACGAGAGGAGCUGCUGGCCUGCGUGUAUCGGUAUAGCGUGUUUCGUUGUAGGCGCCACGAGGCUCUGUUCGUGAAAAAGGUGACGGCCACGCUAUCCUACAGUGAUAUGCAAGAGGAGAAGUGCCGGAAUGUGAGUCUUUCAACGUGCGCCGCGCCCCACACCGCGCCGCCACCCGCCGCCCCCCUCACCUGUGUUUUGGCUACCUUGUGUUUGUGUGUGGUGAGCUAUGUGAUGGUACCUGGUUACUAUGCUACUAUUACUACUACUGAUACUACUACUGAUACUGAUAGGGGUGUGUCUUGUUCUACUACUUUUACUACUACUACUACUACUACUACUACUACUAUUCCUGCUACUGCUACUACUUCUGCUACUAAUAUUGCUUCCUGAUCCUAAGUCUCUACUACUACUACUACUACUACUACUACUACUACUACUACUACUACUACUACUACUACUACUACUACUACUACUACUACUACUACUACUACUACUACUACUACUACUACUACUACUACUACUUUCUUUUAUCUCCAUCUCCUCCUCCUCCUUCUCUAUCCUCCACUUUUCUCUCCUACUCCAAAGGGGGGAUUCUGGGGCUGCCCUGUGUAAUCCACUCGGCCGCUUCCAGCCUCCCUGUAUUUCCAUGUUCUUAUGUUCUUAUGUAAUGAAGUCUUUUUCCCCCACAGCUUAGGUUACCAGUAGCGUAAGUUAAGGGUAGUAAUUUCCUCUUAUAUCUCUCUUUACUGUAAAAUUUCCAUGUCCCUUUCUUCCUUAAAGGUACAUGGUGUUCUCUUCUAACUAUUUCCUGGCGGCACGUUGGCGGAGGGAGAGGUGGGUGGGGAGGAGCCUUCAUCUUUCCUGUCCUGUCCUGCCACACGUAGAUUACUAGUAGUAGCGGUAGUAAACAGACACCCUCGCCAUAGAUCGAUAGGUCUUCUGGUGUCUGUUCUUCCUAUGUAUUCCUAUGUAUUCCUCCUCCUCCUCCUCCUCCUUCUCCUCCUCCUUCUCCUCCUCCUCCUCCUGCUUCUCCUCCUCCUUCUCCUCCUCCUCCUCCUCCUACUACUACUACUACUACUACUACUACUACUACUACUACUGCUGCUGCUGCUGCACAUUCAUAUUCUGGCUGUUAAUCAAGCUGUCUGUCUGUCUAUGUCUCUCUCUCUCUCUCUCUCUCUC